GGGUAGUUCAAAACCGAGCGAGGGAAACCUUCAAGCCAGUGCACGCGGGCAGCCGCUGCUUGGCCAGGGGGAGGCGGCUCUUCGUCCUUAGUAGGGCAACGCUUCAGGGCUGAGGCGAGAAGGAAGUUGCGGUGGCUGCCCCCCCCCCCGGUUUCGCUAGCAGAGAGCAGCGCCCCUUAAUCUUUCGUUCAGAGCUUGUCUUCAACUUCUCGUCAGUUUGGGGAAUAGUCUGAUUUUUUUUUUUCACCUGACCUUAUUUGCUUCUCUGAAGCAAAUUUAUCGCCCUUCCCACGUUUUGGGGUAAUCUGUUUUCAUCCCCUCCUCACCAGCUUGCAGGAAGAUAAUUCAAGACAGGUUAAAAGGACAUUUUGAUUUUAGCUGUAUGGAAAACUUCAUGCGAAGCAUCUCCUGACCUUCAAGUUAAACAGCAAAGAAUCACAAUUGGGCAAUGCCCACACAGUUCUGGAAUGCUUCUUAUUUAACUGCAAUCUUCUUGUAAAUCCAAGAACCUAACAAGCUCCAUAGAGAUGUCAGAAAGUCACUCGGUUCUAUCUAAUAUUCUUAAAAGAGGCAGACUGAUCUCUCCUGGCAACAGUGCAAGAUAUUGCAGCUUUAAAGAGUCUUGCUCUCCUUCCAUAUUUCAUGACAGUGGAUACAAUGGAUCAUUAAAAGAUCCCAGCUUUCAUUAUACCAGUGUAGAAUAUAAGGGAGAGCAGAAUGAAAGAGGUCUACCUGAACAUUCAAAAUACUCGCAUUCUAGUUUAUGUACUUCAGUAUCGUCUCCUGCUGAGCAUGAAAAUGUUAUAUUUUUAUCAGAAAGAAGGGAUCUUGGCCUGUGUACAGACUUCUUUGAAACACCCAAAGUUGCUAAAAAAGACUUGUCACUCCGCAGAAGACUGCUUGUGUCUAAAGCAGCUUCUGUUGGUGCUAUAGGAUGGUCUGAGAAACAAACUUGUUUGGGGAGCAGCCAGAAAAAAAAAUCUGUACCUCACUUUCUUAGUUUUGAUGAAAGAGUUUCAAAGUGUGCCUUGGAUUCUCCGAGGGUGAUGAGCUAUAAGCCUUUGGCGACUAGUACCUUAAAAAUUGAAGAUCCUUCUCCUAGUUGUCAAAAAUUAAGGCAUGUAUUUUCACAGCAGAGAACUUCCACAGUAGAUGAUUCAAACUCUCAGGGCAGCCUAUUGUCAGAAUCAGUCUGUUUAUCUCCAAUCCAGCCUAAAUCUCCCAUAAACUCUUUUGUUGCAAACACACCUUAUAGCUUUGCUGACAGUGCUCUUACCAGUUUUAACCAUCAAAGCACCUACUCAGAGUUAGUUAGGACUCCUAAACGUGUGUUGCCUGAGACCAGUGUAGAUGGAUUUGUCACACCCAUCAAUAGACUUAUAGAAGGCUUUCAUUUUAAUACAUCUGAGAUAAACACUUCCCCAGCUAAAGCGCUAAGUGACUCCGACCUCUUAGCUUCUGAUAGUAGCUGCAGUAGUUUACUUGGCUUAGAUAAAUCAGAAGAUUCCUUGACAGAUCAGGAGGGAUCUUUCCAAGAACUACUUCAAAAACAUAAUGAAUCACCUGUUGUUCUGAACUCUGGAAGAAAGGUAAGAAUAAGAAAGCUGCAGCGUUCAAGAAGGCUAUCCACUCUUUCAGAAUGUGGCUCACAAUCAGAAAAAGAAGAAGACUGUGCUAAUGCUAAUCCAAAAUGCAAGCGGAAAACAGUAGAUGGUUCUAUCAAUGAAGAAAGUAAAUUGUUUUUUAAUAAGGAAGACAAACACACAGUUUUGAAUCUUGAAGAUUUAACAAGAACCCCUGCUUUGCAAAUGAUUCAUGAGGUCUUUAUGCAAAGCAGAAGUAAAAAUACAAAGCAAAAUGACCUAUCUAGGAAUAUAGAUGGAACUGACAUAUCUGUUCUGAAGUGUAUCAUCGCUAGACUCAUUGGCAAGAAAAUGGGACUUGAGAAACUAGACAUAUUAACAGAAUUAAAAGAGAGAGACUUAAAACAUGUUCUUGGUAUGAUUUUAGGUAUCAUGACUGUGGAAGGCCUAUGCAGUAUGUGGGAAGUAAGCAAAAACUGGCGAGAAAUUGUUGGACAAGAUAAACAUGCAAAUCAACGAAGGAAACUAUACAUAAAGCAGUUGAGAACAGGAACUAAGGGGCGCAUGCCAGAAGCUGAAGAUGUUUCCACAAGACUUAUGAUGGCUAGAUUUGCGCUUAGACCGGUCCAGGCUCAAGCAAAACCUGCAGUAUUACAGAUGGAGUCGUCUUGGAUUGAGUUUUUGACACCCAGGGGAUGCAGUCCUCUUCAUCAAUCAGCUAGUAAGCAAGAAGCAUAUGUAAAGGUUGCUAAAAGUCUCUUGAGUGAUGAAGCUUUAAAGCCUUGUCCAAGGUGUCAGUGCCCAGCUAAAUACCAGCCCUUAAAGAAACGUGGGCUCUGUAGCCAAGAAGACUGUGCAUUUGACUUCUGCAUUUCAUGUCUAUGUGCUUUCCAUGGAUCAAAAGAUUGUUACAGUUCAUCUGCUAAAUGGAAAAACAGAAAAGAUGCUCUGCCAGGAAGUGCCAAAAGCAAAAGAAACUUAAAACGUCUCUAAACAUACUGGAAUCAAUGGAAUGCAUUCUCCUACCCCUAUUCCCAAAUCUGUAUGAUAGCAUUUUAACAAUUAUGCAUUUUGAAAGUAUUAAGUUAUUGUGCCCGUAAAUCAAGCAAAUAAUUUCCCAUAUAAAUAUCCCAAAUAACUUUUGAUACAUUUUUGAAAAAAGUGAAAAAAUUUUAAACUUUGCCUUGUGUUUGUCACUUUGCUAGUUGCACUGAGUGAUAUUUCAAUAAAGUACUUUCAAUACA